GGCUCUGAAUGUUGAUUCCUCACAGCUGUUGUACAAACAUCCCCCAAAAUCAAUUUUUGGGCUAUCUGAAAAGUGUCUAAAAGAGUGAAGACGAGCUGAUAAACACUGAACAAGUAUACCAGAUUGUAGAAAAUUGUUCGCUGUACAAGAUGUGAUAGCUUGUCAAGUUCGAAACUAUUCAACAACUUUCUACAAACUGGUAUACUUGUUCAAUGUUUACCAGCUCGUCUUCACUGUUUUAGACACGCUUUUCAGAUAGCGCAAAAAAUUGAUUUUGGGGGCCGUUUNAUUUUCAUAACGACUCAACAUUCAGAGCCGAGAUACUUUUCAUUUUGUAGAGAAAUGUUUAAUCUACUUAAUCAUCUAGUUGCCAUUUUAGAUUAGUUUGUAGCUUUAUUGCAAUAAUUUCGAAAAAGAGUAAAAUAUGGAGGCCGUUAAAUAGAGGACAAAAUUGGCCAAAUAUAGUUAAUUUCCAUUCUUUAAUAACAGCAAACGCUGGAAAAAAAAUCCGAUUGAAAAAGUUUCGAUUUAGUAAUCGAUUACUAAUCUUAGUAGUGUGUUCGCCCUACGUUACCUUUUUCUAGUAUUUAUGGUGAUGUCCUAUGGAAGGAACAAUCGGGCAUAAAAGAUUAAGAACGUAAUUUCUCGGAUUAGGUGUGGUAUGCCAAAUGACCGUUCAAAAUGUUCGUUUUUUGAAAUGGGUAUUGGAUCAAUACGUCAUGGUUCUCAUCAAUUGUUACAACGAGAUCCACCACAAAUAUCAAUGUCAAUCUUUGAUGGAUUUCGACUGAUUGAUCCCUAUGUACAACAGUUCAUGAAAACAAAUCGUUAUGGUUAUUAUAUUAAGUCUACAUCAGUCAAAAAUUUAACUGUUAGUGAAACAGCUGUGAUCUACAUCCAAUCGCAUACCGUUUAUUUCUUAAACAAAAUUUUUGAUCAUUUAUCUUCUAACAAUGUUUAUCUAACUGCUAUUUUAUACACAAACAUUGAAGUUAUUCAAUCUGACAAACAUAUCGAACAAACAAUUGUCUUACUACAUAUUCAAGCAAUACCUGAUGAUGCAAAACAAUAUCGUUUAUCUUCUAGUGACUUUAUACGUGAAAAUAAUGCAGAACCAUCAUUUAGUGAAUACAUUAAUGAAUUAGUUGAAAAUAAUCAACAAUAUCCGUUAUUAAAUUUUUUACCUGUAACACGAAGUAACAAUGAUAUCCCUUUAUGCCCGAUUGUCCCUUCCCGAGGAGAUCACCAUAACUAUUAG